CAGUAAACCGGGCGAUGACAGACAGGUGUCAGCACGUGGACAGUCUGAUGUAUUCCGGAAACAAGACGUCUUCCGUCAUUGAAGCAACGAAGAAGAAGCCACCCUUUUAGGAAGGAGCAGAAAUGGACGACUGUUGUGAGCGAGAGCCGCUGUUUACGUUCGGCGUGAUAGCUGACAUCCAGUACGCUGACAUCGAUGACGCCUUCAACUUCACGCAGACAAGAAGGCGCUUCUACCGGAACAGUCUUCGGCUGCUCAAAGAAGCCCGGGAGACUUGGUGUCAAUCACCCGCCAGGCCGAACUUCAUCCUCCAGCUGGGGGACAUCAUCGACGGCUUUAACAAGCGUCACGGCGCCUCUAUUGUCGCACUCGACCGGGUACUGGAAGAGUUCAGCCUGGGCUCCAUGGAGGUGCACCAUGUGUGGGGCAACCAUGAGCUCUAUAACUUUUCAAGAAGCGAGCUGUUGUGCUCUCGGCUAAACAGCUCGGUGCUUGCCAACGGUCGCUGCGAUGGAAGGCGGGCGGGUGAGGACAUAAAUGCUUACAGCUUCACUCCUUUCCCCGGCUUCACCUUUGUUGUGUUGGACGCUUUCGAUGUCAGCUUGCUGGGCGUAGAGGAGGACGGUCUGCGGUACCACCGUGCUUUGUCUUUGAUAAAACAACACAACAGCAACGAGGACCUCAACUGCCCCCCAGUGCAAUUGGACGACUUGAAGCAGAGGUUCACAAUGUACAAUGGUGGCUUCAGUGAGACCCAGCUGGACUGGCUCAAUGAUGUUCUGUCCUCAGCUGACAAGAAACAGGAGAAAGUCUCACUUAUCAGUCACCUCCCAGUCCACCCAAGGUCCACAGUCCCCUCCUGCUUGGCCUGGAACUUUGACGAGCUCCUGUCCAUCAUCCAGUGCCACAGCAGCGUGGUGUGUUUCAUUGCAGGACACGAUCACGAUGGUGGAUAUUACUGGGAUAAAAGCAUCGGAGUGCACCACUUGACGUUGGAGGCAAUUAUUGAGACUCCACCUGGCAGUAAUGCCUUUGGCACCAUCUCGGUGUACGAAGACCGGAUGGUCUUGAAAGGGAACGGGAGGAUCCCAGAUAUAGACCUUGUAUUUCCCUGAUGACGCUUAGUCAUUAGACUGACAUUACUAAACAUUUUAUUUUCCUUGUAGGCCAUCCAUUUUAAGAAAUGUACACCAUCUUUUGGAGGAAAUGCCUUUGCACUUUUUCUGUCUUUCGUAUUUGCUCCAGACUCUUAUUUUUAAUUUAGCCUAAGAAUGAUUUGAAAUCAUCCGCCUUGAAUGUUACUUUGUUUCCCCCUGUACAAUUAUAUGAAAAUUCUUAUCCAGACUUUGUUUUAAGUCACAGGGGUGUAUAAACUAUUCUCACAGAAAAAUGAAA